UCUCCUUUCCCUUUUCUCUCUCUAUUCUCCUAUCUGUAUUCAUAUUCUCCAUAACCUGUUUAAUAAAUUCACCCACACCUUCCCGCCAAUUCAACCACCUCACUAUCCAACAUGUCGAACAUCUGGGACUCCAUCACCGGUCGCAAACAAUCCAAGGGCUCCGAGGCCACCGCAUCAGCACCAGAUGCUACCAGCUUCCUAGCCGAUCUUCCCGACCCCUCUCAGCUCCAUCCCCUCGCCGGCCUGAACCAAGAUACCCUCGACUACAUCACCCUCGAAGACUCCGCGCUCGACCAAACACCCGGAUCGCGCUCUGUGCUGCCCUCCCGUGGAUGGUCCGACGAUCUCUGCUAUGGAACAGGAACGACUUACCUUGCUGGUUUGACUCUCGGUGGUGCCUGGGGUCUGGCGGAGGGACUGAAGAAGACGCCCGUCACCGCUCCGCCGAAGAUCCGCCUCAACGGUGCUCUCAACUCCAUUACGAGACGAGGACCUUUCCUCGGUAACUCGGCUGGUGUGGUCGCGAUGGUCUACAACGGGUUUAACUCCGGUCUGGGCUACGCGAGGGGUAAGCACGAUGCUGCUAACAGCAUUGUGGCGGGUGCGUUGAGUGGAAUGGUCUUCAAGAGCACGAGGGGUCUUAAGCCUAUGGUGAUUUCGGGUGGUAUCGUCGCUGGCAUUGCUGGUGGUUGGACUGUCCUGAGCAAGGCUAUCCUGUAAACGCCAACAACCGCCAAUUCCCUCAUAACUGUAUUUUAGCCCUCGACUCGAUACCUCGACCCGAGUCAAUCCACCUGAUCCGUCCACGCGUUUCGGAAUCCCCAUAUGAUUGUAUGGUAUAUGGCCUCU